AUGGAGACCGAGGAAGUCCGAAUCCUAGUUCCAGGCACAGGCACAGGCAUAGGUCCCGUGAACAGUACAGCCGUGCGAGGUGCUUUACCAGUCCUAUUCUUUGACAUAGACAACUGUCUCUAUCCACGGAGCAGUAAUGUCCAAGACACCCUCUCCGAUUUGAUAGACGACUACCUAUCCCGCGAACUGCGCCUCCCCCGGGACCAAGCCAUAGCCCUACAUUCUCAAUACUUCAAAACCUACGGCCAAACAGUAGAGGGCUUAGUCCGGCACCACGCCAUCGAUGCCCUGCACUACAACAGCCAAGUCGACGAUGCACUGCCAUUGGAAACCCUACUAAAGCCAAAUCCAAUACUGCGACAGUUCCUGCAGUCGAUUGAUACGUCCAAGGUCCGGCUUUGGCUGCUGACGAAUGCGUAUGUUACGCAUGCGAGGCGUGUUGUCAAAUUACUCGGUAUUGAGGAUUUGUUUGAGGGAAUUACGUAUUGCGAUUAUGAGAUUGUGCCGUUUAUUUGUAAGCCUCAGGUUGGUAUGUUUGAGAAGGCUAUGCGUGAGGCCGGGGUGGGCGAUGUUGGGGGGUGCUUUUUUGUUGAUGACUCGUUUGGAAAUUGCGUUGGAGCGAAGAGCUUUGGCUGGACGGCUUGUCAUUUGGUUGAGACUGGUUUGCCGAUUCCGGAAUCUCAGGCUUCGCAGCAUCGGAUUCAGCAUCUUGAGGAAUUGACCUGUAUUUGGCCGGAUUUUUUCAGGGCUAAAUCGGUCGAGAUUUUGGCUUGA